UGUUGGAAUUUUUUUCGAACAAUUAUCGUCUGAAUGGCUUUGGAGGAAAAAAGUGGAACCGUUACUGUGAAUAAUUCAACGGAACAACAGCCCCAGGUGGAGAAGCCCCAGGUUAAUCAGUUGGAAAAAGCCCCGCCAGAGGACUUGGCAUCGGAGGAGGAGGAGCAGAGGAACUGGAGAGGAAUCUGCAUCGCCUUACUUGUCAUCGCCACCGUCUGUUCUCUCAUCAUCACAUCCAUUGUUCUGCUCGCGCCCGGUCCCGAGGAGCCGCGAGUAAAAAAUCCGAGAUUUUCUUUAGAAGAAGUGAUAACAGGGGAAUACGAGCCCCGGCUUUUCAACGGAUCUUGGAUUUCUGAUACUGAAGUGACCUUCCGAGAUCCGGAUGGUGCCAUUGUAAUAUACAAUGCCCGGACGGCAGAAAAAACAAUCAUAGUUAAUAAUAUUACCCUUAAACCGCUCAAUAUACAAUCCUAUAGCAUAUCUCCAGAUCGAAAGUAUGUUCUCAUGUCUCACGAUCACGAACAGGUAUUUAAACAUUCUUACACCGCUAAGUACAAAGUCUACAUAGUAGAAAGCGAGCAAACGCAGCCUUUUUUACCAGAUAUGCCCAAUGCAGUCUUUCAGUACGUAGUUUGGGGUAGUAAAGAUAGCCAACUGGCUUACGUGUAUCGAAACAAUAUUUAUUAUCUCAAUUCCUAUGGCGACGGUGCCAAACCUUCAGCCCUCACGCAGUCCGGCGAAGAAGGGGUCAUCUUCAACGGACUUCCAGAUUGGAUAUACGAAGCGGAGAUUUUUCACAGCAACAAUGCCCUGUGGUGGGGUCCAGACGGUACCAAGCUUGCUUAUGGAGUCUUCAAUGACACGCAGGUGGACGUCAUGACGUAUCCUUGGUACGGAUCGUACGAAGACAGUACGAAUGUCUAUCCUCAGACAAUCAAGCUAAGAUACCCAAAGCCAGGGAGGCCAAAUCCGAAAGCAAGUCUAUGGGUUGCAGAUUUUACUCAGCCGUUUCCUGUGACAGAAGAAGUGAUGCCACCAGUAGAAAUUAAAGAUCAAGAAUAUUAUUUGACUUCUGUGAAAUGGAUUGAUGAAGAACGACUUCUAGCCAUAUGGCUUAGAAGAAUACAGAAUUCGUCUUUCGUCAGCAUCUGCCAAUCAGGUGAUAGUGGGUGGAUGUGCCGGAAGCACAACCAAGAGGAUGCAAAUUACGGCUGGGUAGACAUGUAUGAAGCUCCAGUGUUUUCCAAGAAUAAACGCUCCUACUUCCUCAGGUUACCCGUAGCGGAUGGAAAAGCUGGGCAUUUCAAGCAUGUCGCCUCCUUUGAUAUGACCAGUGACCGCAAGGACUUCUUGACCCAUGGCAGCUAUGACAUCACUAGAAUAUUGGCCCACCUCGAAGAGGAUCAUUCCGUAUAUUACCUGACCACACUGUAUGGAUUUCCCGAGCAGAGACACCUGUAUGCUGUGAAAGACCUCACCUCCGAUCACCCUCGUGAACAGAGAUGCCUUACUUGCAGCCUAGACGAGGACUGCCUCUACUUUAAUGCCUUGUUCAGCAACGAAGGUCAUUACUUCGUACUCGAGUGUCUAGGCCCUGGGGUACCUAGGAUUGAGAUUAGAGAAACUUUGUCUAAUGCUCUAGUUGAAGUAUUGGAUACGAACAACGACUUGGAGGAAGCGCUAGCAGAUAGGGCCCUACCUCAAAUCGAAACGUUUAAAGUGCCUUUGAAAGGAGGAUACAAAGCAACGGUUCGUUUGUAUCUCCCUCCGCCUUUGAGAGAAAACGAAAUCAUCAAAUUCCCUAUGAUCUUACAUGUCUGCAGCAGCCCCGGUUAUCAACUGGUGUCCGAGAAAUUCCACAUCCAUUGGGGUAGUUACCUAGCCAGUCACAAGAAUUACAUCUACGCCCAAAUUGAUGGUCGAGGCAGCGGUUUUCAAGGAGAUAAAAGAGUGCAAGAAGUCUUCAGGAAGCUAGGAAACAUCGAAGUGGAGGAUCAGUUGGUCGUUACAAGCUAUCUAGUUUCGACCAAGUCUUAUAUCGAUAGUGAGAAAGUGGCUUUAUGGGGAUGGUCAUAUGGUGGCUACACUGCUGUCUCGGUUCUGGCAACAGAAAACGAUGUAUUCGCUUGUGGAAUAUCCGUAGCCCCUAUUACUAAUUGGUUAUACUAUGAUUCCGUGUAUUCUGAACGAUACAUGCAAAGCCCAAAACCAGAAGACAAUUAUAUUGGCUACGAAAAAUCUGACGUUUCCAUCCGAGCUGAGCACGUGAGAGGAAAAAAGUUCCUUCUUAUCCAUGGAACUGCAGACGACGAUGUUCAUCUACAGCACUCCAUGAUGCUUAUCAAAGCCCUUACGAAUGCAGGUGUAUUAUUUAGAACACAAAUAUAUCCCGACGAGAAACAUGCGCUCGUCAACGUUAAAAUGCACUUAUACCAAACAAUGGAAGACUUCCUGGAGUACACAUGCUUCAAGUCCCCAGAGAGGCCUAUGGAUAUGCACAACGGUAGAUAGUUCUAGGCAGCGAUUGCCGAAGAUUCAUUAAGCUUCUGUUGCUUCCUGUGGGGGAAGCACUCGUGAUUUCUCUGGACUACUUUACCCCUCCUACCCCCAAAAAAACUUUCAUAUGAUGCAGUCUGUUUCAAACGACUCAAGUGAUGAUGACAAUGUGAUGCCAAGAAAGACAAGAUAUAUGGUUGUACCUUUACCGGGUCAGAAAAUUUUUGAUAGGACCUAAAUUGUUUUCUCAUCCCAAAAUAAUCAAUCACAAGAAAUCGUUUACAUCCUCAUGUUAAUUGAAUCAUGUGCUUCAUUUUUGUGAUAUUUAUUUCUCAAAGUAAGUUUUAUUUUCCUGGCUUUCUAAGAGACAGAAAGUAAGCGCUUUUAAAUGUUGGCCAGAAUAAGUAUUUAUAAAGGCGUAAAUAUUUAUAAAUAUUAUACUGGCCUUUAAAUAUUGAAAGGCGCGUCUUGGCUGUGUACCAGAAGAAGUGAAAAUUGCAAAACUAAUGGAUUUGCUAUUGAAGAUGACGAGAAUAAAACUGGUGAACUGAAUAUAUUUUAAUUAUUUAUUUAGAUUUGCUGGACUAAAAACAAUAAUUGCAGGCGAAGAAAAAAAAAAUUAUCAAAACUUAAAUAUUAUUCCAUUUACCUGUUCUUCUU